AUGGACGCGCUCAAGUCGGCGGGGCGCGCGCUGCUGCGGAGCCCCAGCGCGGCCAAGGCGCCCUGGGCCGGCGGCCGCCACCACAAGCUCCCAGAGAACUGGACCGAUACCCGCGAGACGCUGCUGGAGGGGAUGCUCUUCAGGCUCAAGUACAUGGGCAUGACGCUGGUGGAGCAGCCCAAGGGAGAGGAGCUCUCUGCCGCCGCUGUCAAAAGGAUCGUAGCCACGGCUAAAGCAAGUGGCAAGAAGCUGCAAAAAGUCACUCUGAAAGUCUCUCCCAGAGGGAUUGUGUUAAAUGAUAGYGGAACGAAUGAGCUGAUAGAAAACAUCUCCAUAUACAGGAUAUCCUACUGCACGGCAGACAAGAUCCACGACAAAGUGUUUGCCUACAUCGCCCAGAACCAGCUCAACGAGAACCUGGAGUGCCAUGCCUUCCUCUGUACCAAGCGGAAAAUGGCCCAAGCAGUCACCCUGACGGUAGCUCAGGCGUUCAAAAUAGCCUUCGAGUUUUGGCAAGCAUCCAAAGAAGAGAAAGAGAAGCGGGAAAGGUCCAUGCUGGAAGGAGAAGGUGCAAGCAGCCCACAUGCUGAAGCUCCUGCCUGCCGCAAAGCGCCAGUGGCCACGGGGAACUUGCUGGAUUUAGAAGAUUCUGCCAAGCCGCCCGUGACGGUCAGCGCGAGCGCCGCGCGUCCGGACAGCCGCGCGUUCGGGCCCGGCUCCGCGGUGAACAACAACGUGGUGUGGGAAAUGGAUGAUGGUCUCGACGAAGCRUUUUCAAGACUUGCUCAGUCGAGGACAAACCCUCAUGUUCUUGACACGGGACUGACGUCUCAGGACAUCCAGAGUGCAGAAAUGCUCUCACCUGUGGACUGGAACAAAAUAGAUUCAAAGACGGGUGUGGAGAGCAUCUACAGUAUUAGAUGGCAAUACACCAGUGGAACAACCUUCAGCAGUGCCUUUUCCUCUCUGAAAAAAAGCCUAUGCAACACCAAAGUCACUGUAUGUAUGUAUUUCUAGACGAAGGUCUGCAGCUGCAAAAUAACAGCAAGCACAACUGUGAAUAACUCCCUAUUUCUUGAGCAGCACAUCACCUGCCUAGGCCGGGAGGAGGAGAGCAGUGCUAAAAUCCAAGCGGGAGCAGAGAUCUUGCUUUUGUUGUGCGUGUCUGUGAGACUUUCGCAGCUGUCGGUCAUCCGGGUGGUCUGGCCUUUGCUUUGCCAGCCCCAUGUGGCAACUGAUGCUUCUUACCCAAAGACUCUAUAAUAAAGUUUUGCACUUUAAGACUGGRGCUGAAAGCAGUGGUCCGCAAUGUCAAGGUAAGCAGUGUCUGUAAUUUCGCUUCAGAAGCUAUUUACCCCAAAAAACUGGCAAUGCUGCGGGUCUGUUUAGAACUGGCUCUCACACGUGCUGUUUGUGCUUGAGCUGUUAAAGCUUAGCAGCAAAACACCAGGGAGUAGCAAUUGGAUUUCCCAAAGCACAUUGGAAGUUGCAGCUCGGGUGAGUYCUCCAGCACCACAGAGUCGUGUUCUCAGCUCUGCUGAGUGCAUUUGGCUGUGCAUGCCUUUUUACUGUCUCUAAACCGUUUGGUAGUUGCCCACUCAGUAGACUCAAAUGGUAUCAGAUGAGGCGAGCCCAAUACCUGUAUGUUCAAUUAGCAGAACGUCCCUUUUCCGGGGGAUUCUGGCACUCUUCCUCCUGGGAGGCAUAGAAAACUGUCUUCCUCUCCUCCUGGAAUUGAAAAUAAGUAAUGGAGAUAUAAAGCUCAUGCUAAUUAAAAGAUUUAAGUUUAAUGAUCCUAAAUAGUCACGCUGGCAGUUUGCAGUGUUUGUGGCCUUAUGUGAAGUAUACUAAUCUGUUUUAUAGAUUUGUAACUUGGUUUUGAAACACUAAUUCGUUCCCCAGGUAGCUCUUUAUAACGCUUUAAAACUGUGUGCAAAAAAAAAAAGAAACCUCUUUGUCAGCUGUAAGAAUUUAUUGGGAAACAGCUGAGUGACUCUAACUUAGAUUUGUUGGUUUUUUUAACCUAAGUGUUGUGAUAAGGUAUUGAGGACUUGUGAAGCUGACUCAUCACGUCUCCUAAUAAAAUGUGUGCGCCGUUUACUCUGCAAAAUUGUGUUUAAAGCGAUUUUACAUCUUUAAACUACAGUGCCCGGGACUUAUUUGAUCUCAUGGGCGGCAUCCGUCUCCUGCAAUUGAAGCAAUUGCUCCAGGUUUGUCCAUGCUACUUAUGCACACACACGAGACGUGAAGCUAUUGCACAAGCAAGACCUGGACGAGGCAGCAGGGGUUGUAACGAGCACCUUGCUCUGACCCCGUGGGCAGUGGGCAUCUUUCUAAGAAAGAGCCUGUGCUGCGGGAAUGGACUGUGAGGAUUUAUUUCUCUAUACAUUGAUUUUUCUCC